ACGAAAGGCUUCAGUAUGGACGUACAGUUAGUUGAACAUGCCACGGCUGUAGGUGGCAGUAUCGCGGCUGUUUCUGAGAGCAAAGCCGGAGAAAGCUUCAGUUUCCCGGAGAGCUUUAGGGAAACGUGGCCUUACCGGAGAGCAGAUCGCCGCGGUUGUUGUGACCAGGCGCUCCGGGAGAACCGUGCAGUUCCUGCUUCUGAUACACACACUCACACACACACUUCUACACAUCUCUCACCCUUCCACACACACUCUCCACCCAUGGCUGAUAUAGAGCAGGGCUCCGCGGCGCCGCUGCCCGCUGACGGCGCCCCGCUGCAGGAGGCGAACGGCACGGACGCGCUGAACGCCACCGCCGCCAAGUUCGUGGCCACGGCGGAGGGCACGGCGCUGGCGUACGGCAGCCUGGUGCUGAUGGCCCUGCUGCCCAUCUUCUUCGGGGCGCUGCGCUCCGUCAGCAGCUCCAAAAGCAAGAAUGCCUCAGACAUGCCAGAAACCAUCACCAGCAGAGAUGCAGCUCGUUUCCCCAUCAUCGCCAGCUGCACUCUCUUCGGCCUCUAUCUCUUCUUCAAGAUUUUCUCUCAGGAGUACAUUAACAUGCUGUUAUCCAUGUACUUCUUCGUGCUGGGGAUUUUAGCUCUGUCUCACACCAUGAGUCCCUUCAUGAACAGAGUCUUCCCUGCCAAUCUGCCAAACAAGCAGUACCAGCUCCUCUUCACUCAGGGAUCAGGAGAGAACAAAGAAGAAAUCGUAAAUUAUGAGUUCGACACCAAGGACCUGAUCUGCCUGGUGAUCAGCAGCGUGGUGGGCGUCUGGUACGUCCUUAAAAAGCACUGGGUUGCCAAUAAUCUCUUUGGUCUGGCGUUUGCUCUGAAUGGAGUGGAGCUCCUGCAUCUGAAUAACGUCAGCACUGGCUGCAUCCUGCUGGGGGGGCUGUUUGUGUACGAUGUGUUCUGGGUUUUUGGCACUAAUGUUAUGGUGACGGUUGCCAAGUCAUUCGAAGCUCCAAUUAAGCUGGUUUUCCCACAGGAUCUGCUGGAGAGGGGGCUGAAUGCCAGUAACUUUGCCAUGCUGGGUCUGGGAGACAUCGUCAUUCCAGGAAUUUUCAUCGCUCUGCUGCUUCGUUUUGAUGUCAGUCUGAAGAAUAACUCGAGGACGUACUUCUACACCAGCUUCCUCGCCUACAUCUUCGGCCUGGGCCUCACCAUCUUCGUCAUGCACACAUUCAAACACGCCCAGCCUGCUUUGCUGUACCUGGUUCCAGCCUGUGUGGGUUUCCCAGUGGUGGUGGCCCUGCUGAAGGGAGAGCUGACGGAGAUGUUUAGGUAUGAGGAAGUUUCCCCCGAGGCAGAGGCGUCACAGACAGAAGAAAAGACAGAAUCUGAAAAAGACAAAUGAACUCUGAAUGAAAGCGACCCAUCAGUCUCCGGCUCCUCCUCUCCUCCCAUCUCAUGUAUUUUUCACCAACACCACCUUCCCAGAGCCUCGCACCUCUCUGGUCCCGCCAGGAGGGGGCGCUCGUCAUCUUGCCCGACGUGUCGUGCUGUGCAUGGAGCAGGCUGAUGUAUAAUUUAACUGGUUUAAUGAUGAUGGGGUGCUUAUUUUUUUGUUGGUAGUUUCUAAGUGGUUUGUAAAGCGAGACGUACGACAGCUUACUCGGUGCCUCUGUAUUCGUUAACUCUUUCAUUACCAGUUUUGUCUCAUGUGUUUGCGUGCGUCAUCCGGUUCGCCUUCUGCAAUCUUGUAGGAUUAUUAUUAUUUUUUUUAUUUUAACUGCAUAUUGUUUCAUUAUGGCCAGAAUAUAAAAAACACAUUUGAAGCAAGAA